AUGAAUGGUGCAGUGGAAGCUGCGAAUAAGAACAUCAAGAGAAUAUUGGGAAAAAUGACUAACACAUAUAAGGAUUGGCAUGAAAAGUUACCUUUUGCUUUGCUUGCCUAUAGAACAUCAAUCCGAACCUCCACAGGGGCCACCCCGUUUUCACUAGUGUAUGGGAUGGAAGUUGUACUGUCAAUUAAAGUGGAAAUUUCUUCUCUGAAGGUGUUGAUGGAGAUAAAAUUGGAUGAGGCAGAAUGGGUUCAGGAUCAUUUCGAGCAACUGAAUCUUAUUGAAGAGAAAAAGCUCUCAGCAUUCAGUCAUGGACAAAUGCCAAACGAAAGUCGGAUUCAGAAAGAGGGCGUCGAGAGAAAUUUUGGUGACUUUCUGACCCCUUCCGAUCACCGACGACCACCGCCGGCAGUGACUCACAUGGCGGUCGACGGAGUGCACGACGUUGGAUUCCGAAGAAAGCCAGAGAACCCCUAA